AUGACUACUGAACUAAAUGUAUUUAAUGUUACUAGAAAACCUUAUGAAAUCGAUAAUUUAGAAGAAGUGAAUAUGAUUAAAACUUUAGUUCAAGAAUAUCCAAUUUUGAAGUUCUUAAGUUGGGACUCGAAUUUUGUGCGUCUAAGUUAUGAUGAUCUGCAAUUGUUUCGGUUAUUGGUACAUGAUUUUGUAUUUGAUGUCUGUAUGAAGACAUUAAACAUAGCACUUGCUAGGAGAACAUUGAGGGAAAUGUUAGAUUUAAGUUUGGGCCAUAUCUACACUAUAUCCCUGCCUUAUCGAGUUUUCAUUGUUAUUUUUUCUCCGCCACACGCCUCAUCUCUCUUUCAUCUCCUCUCUGAAGAACUGAAGCUCUCAUUUCUUCAUCUCCCUUUCAUCUCAGAACCUCUUUGGAGAAUCAACACUAUCAUCAGCAGCACCAUCAACAACAUCAUCUUCUCACGAUUUCUUUCUCUCUCUCUCUCUCUACCGAAGACUCGAAAUCUUCCAACAGAGGAGGUACUGGGAGAAGUAGUCCGAAACAGAAGCAAUAAGAAAGACUCCUGGGUACAAAAGUUCAGUUUUUCGGGUUGGUACGUGUGUAUCAUCAUUGGUUAUUGUGAGGGUGGAGACAUGGGUGAAGCUAUAAAAAGAGCUAAUGGUGUUCACUUUUCUGAAGAGAAACUCUGUAAGUGGCUUGUGCAACUCCUAAUGGAUCUGUAUUACUUGCAUAGAAAUCAUGUUGUUCAUCGUGAUGUCAAGGAUCAUGACAUACGUCUAGCCUCUUCUGUCGUGGGAACUCCCAGCUAUAUGUGCCCUGAACUUCUUGCUGAUAUUCCUUACGGUUCCAAGUCAGAUAUUUGGUCUUUAGGUACUGGGAGAAGUAGUCCAAAACAGAAGCAAUAAAAAAGGGAAAUUAUCUAUUUAAUGUGUCCAUCACUUAAAAGUCUAUUAUUUUAAAUAAUUAUAAAUAAGAAUCUGAAACCAAGGUGUAUGCAGAUGGCGGGGAUUUCUGUUGUGGGUUGUAACCACUAUUGUGUUUUCCCAUUGAGAGGUAAAUUGCUCAAUGUAAGAGAAGCAAGUGUAAAGCAAAUUAAGGAGAAUGUCGAGAUUGAAAGCGUCAAGAAGAUUCUUGGACUUCAACUUAAUAAGGAUUAUAAAGAUGUGAAGGACUUAUGAUAUGGGCAUUUGAUGAUUUACACAGAUUGAUGUUGCUGAAAUGUAUCUCAUUUCCCAUUCGCAUAUCUGACUGGAGAAAAUGGGUUGAUGGAUGCAGUGGUACCAAAAGCACAGAUUGAGGCUCUGAAUGCAUUUUGCUCCGUGAAGGUAAACUUGUUGUUCACAAUCGAUGUGGCUGAAGAGGGGCUACAUACACCUAAUUGCUCCUGUGUUGUAUGAUUUGAUUUACUUAAAACAGUUUUGCAGCUGUGUUCGGUUUAGUGGUCGAGCUCGACAGAGCGAUUCACAAUGUCUUGAAAUGCGCCUUGCUAAAGCUGAAGCAAUCAACUGGACAUCUCUUGAAUAUACCAGAGGAAAUACAGUUCCGCAGAAAUUGAACUCGCCAUCAGGUAGAACAUUAUGCUUGUUGUAUUUACUUGCACCAAAAGUUUGAUAGCAAGAGUAACAGAACCAUAUAACUAGUGAGAGGGAUGUUUGUGGGUUUUAGGAAAACUAGACAUACAUGCUUCAUUGAGUGUAAUUUAAUACUAUCAAUCUCUUGCAUGAGCCACGUGUUAGU